CUUGCAUCUGCGGAAGAUCGAUCAGUACUACCCAACCAAUCAAGCCUCGCUCCAACACGAGCAUUUCCCGAGGUUCUGUCUCUCCUUGACAGCUAGCACAGCAGCUAGCAAUGAAGCAAAAGAUUGUCAUCCAGUUGAGCAUCUCAUGCGACAAGCGCCGGUCCAAAGCACUGACGCUGGCCGCCGGAACAGCCGGAGUGACGUCCAUGGGGAUAACCGUCGACGCGAGGGACCAGCUGGAGGUGGUCGGCGACGGCCUCGACCCGGUGUGCCUCGUCAGCUGCCUCUGCAAGAAGCUCGGCCACGCCCAAAUUAUCAAGGUGGAGGAGGUGAAGAAGCCGGAGGAGAAGAAGAAGGAUGAGCCGAAGCCGGCCGUGCCCGUGCCCGUGAACCCGCCGCCGUGCUACUACCCGCCCAGCUACUACCACCACCAGUACCAGGCCCCGCACAUGCUAGUCUGCGAGGAACAGCCCGGGAACUGCCGGACCAUGUAACUGCCAGGGAUCCAUUUUGACGUACUAUUAUACGCGUGUUUGUUAAUUCAUUGAAGGAAAUGGAAAGAAAAAACGAGGGAUACUCGUAUCUAUAUUUACGAGCUCGCUUGGCUAAUUUCCAGUGUGAAAUCAAAGCAAACGCUAUGGUUAUAUGAAUC